UGCGUGGUUCCGUUUGAAUCCUCUUGCGUUUGACGUCAUGACGUUGACGGCGAGCGUGUUGAGGAGAAAGAGGGAGAGCUGUAAACACAGGGGACGGUCUCACGUUCAACCGGGACAAUAAAGCGCUUUCUGUCUCAAUGCACUAACCAUGAACUUACGCGGUAUGACUGUGAUUAAACUGCUUUGCCUAUUGUGCGCCCUUAAAUCCAGUCAAGGUUACUAUGGCAACCCUCUGAACAAGUACAUUCGCCACUAUGAGGGACUGUCCUACGACACAGACUUGGUGCACAGCAGACAUCAGAGAGCCAAGCGAGCGAUCUCGCACGAGGACCACUUCCUUCACAUGGAGUUCCACUCGCAUGGAAGGCAUUUUCACCUAAGGAUGAGAAGGGACACGAGACUCUUCUCCGAGGAUUUUAAACUGGACGUGUCUGGAGAAGAAAUUGACUAUGACACUUCACAUAUCUAUACUGGGGAGCUCUAUGGUGAGCAGGGCAGUGUAACUCACGGCUCUGUCAUUGAUGGUAAAUUUGAGGGCUUUAUAAACACAAAUCAAGGUACCUAUUAUGUGGAGCCUGCCGAGCGCUAUUUGGGGGACAAUAUGCCGUUUCACUCGGUCAUCUACCACGAAGAUGAUAUUGACUAUCCUCAUAAGUACGGGCCUCAGGGUGGCUGUGCAGACCACUCAGUGUUUCAGAGGAUGAAGAAAUAUCAGAUGUCUGCUGUGGAAGAGCCUGUCCAGAAUGCAGAAGUUGAAUCAGAGAAAGAGUCAUCUGAUGAUCAUGUGUUGCAAAGAAAAAAAAGAAUGGCACAGAUAGAAAAGAAUACUUGCCAGCUGUUCAUCCAGACUGACCACCUCUUCUUCAAACACUACAAAACAAGAGAGGCUGUCAUUGCUCAGAUUUCCAGCCACGUUAAGGCGAUCGAUGCAAUCUACCAGGGUACAGAUUUUCUGGGUAUACGCAACAUCAGUUUCAUGGUCAAGAGAAUUAGGAUCAACACAACUAAUGACGAGCGAGACAGGUCAAACCCAUUCCGUUUUGCAAACAUUGGUGUGGAGAAAUUUCUGGAGCUGAACUCUGAGCAAAACCAUGACGAUUAUUGUCUAGCAUAUGUCUUCACUGACCGAGAUUUUGACGAUGGUGUGUUGGGACUUGCUUGGGUGGGAGCACCCUCAGGGAGCUCUGGAGGUAUCUGUGAAAAGAGCAAGCUGUAUUCUGAUGGAAAGAGGAAGUCACUGAACACUGGGAUUAUAACGGUGCAGAACUAUGCAUCACACGUGCCUCCAAAGGUCUCCCAUAUAACCUUCGCCCAUGAAGUGGGACACAACUUUGGAUCUCCACACGAUUCGGGCUCCGAAUGCACUCCAGGCGAGUCGAAGAGCCAGGACAAGAAGGAGAAAGGCAACUAUAUAAUGUAUGCCAGAGCCACGUCAGGAGACAAGCUCAACAACAACAAGUUCUCGGUGUGCAGUAUUCGCAACAUCAGCCAGGUGCUGGAGAAGAAAAGAGGCAACUGCUUUGUGGAGUCUGGCCAACCAAUCUGUGGUAACGGCCUGGUCGAACCCGGAGAGGAGUGUGACUGUGGGUACAGCGACCAGUGCAAAGAUCUUUGCUGCUAUGACGCUAACCAGCCAGACAACAAGAAGUGUAAACUCAAACCUAAUAAAGUCUGCAGUCCCAGCCAAGGUCCAUGCUGCACGUUUGAGUGCACGUACAAGAGCCGGAACGAGAAGUGUCGCGAUGAGUCCGAGUGCGCCCAUCAGGGCAUGUGUAAUGGAGCAUCCGCCCAGUGCCCCACCUCUGAGCCCAAAGCCAACUUCACCGCCUGCCAUAAUGAAACUCAAGUCUGCCUUAACGGGGGCUGUUCUGGCUCGAUCUGUGAGAAAUAUGGCCUGGAAGUGUGUACCUGUGCUAGUGGGGAUGGCAAGAAUGAGACGGAGCUCUGCCAUGUUUGCUGCAUGGAAAAAAUGAACCCCAGCACAUGCAGCAGUACGGGCUCUGAGCGCCUGGCCCAGUUCUUCAAUAGGAAGGUGACAACGCUGCAGGCUGGUUCUCCCUGCAACGACUUUAAAGGAUACUGUGACGUUUUCAAGAAGUGCAGGCUGGUAGAUGCUGAUGGGCCAUUGGCCAGACUGAAAAAAGCAAUCUUCAAUCCCGAGCUCUAUGAGAACAUUGCUGAGUGGAUAGUGAUUUACUGGUGGGCAGUGCUUCUGAUGGGUAUCGCCUUGAUCAUGCUCAUGGCUGGAUUCAUCAAGAUUUGCAGUGUGCAUACACCCAGUAGUAACCCCAAACUACCACCACCUAAACCUCUACCAGGCACUCUGAAAAGAAGACGAGCCCAACAUGCUAGCCAACAACAACAACAGCAGCAGCAGCAGCAGCAGCAGCAUCAGCAUCACCACCACCACCACCACAACCAGAACCAGCACCCUCAUGCGCAUGGCCAUCAGAACCAGCGUCCUUCCCAGCGUCAGCCUCAGCCCCCACGCCACCACCGCCAACAGCGUGAGAAUUACCAGAUGGGCCAGAUGAGACGCUGAGCUCGCCGAUUGUUCCCCAUAGCACCACUACCACACCCUGCCAGUGCCUGCCUACAUUGGGAUAACGGUCACUACACUACACUGCUUCACAGCCCGACGCUGAGAAUUCUAAUCUCAGCCUGCCUGGAAAACACGAAAUAUGUUCCAGUUUUGUCGAGAAUUCUUCAAUUCUUCACCAUGUGCUGUUCUACAACACCAGUUCAGUUCAAUCAGGACUUACAUGUGACUGUAGAGCAAGGCAUUACUCCAAAGAGUCCAACCGGACCAGCAUAUGAAAUACCCUCCCCGUUUUUUUCUCACUGCAUCAACCAGGACCGAUUUUAACAGCUACACACUAUAAAAAAAAAAAUGUGCAGUAUGUGGCAACACAAGGUAGCCUUUGUCAAAAGUCAUACCCAAAAGCAGGAUUUGUUUACAAUAAUACGCCCAGUUCUCCAUAGAGGAUAUCUGGGCUAGUCCAUUAUGCUUCCGUUCAUUCCAGUCUUUAUACUGAGCCACUCGAACAUAGCGAAGAACAUCUCUGCUCCUCUUUUGCAGAAGUGAGCUCAAACCGCGUGGACAUUCGGGUCUCUCUCUUUGUCAAAUCUCAGCACAGGAAGACAAUGAGAAACAUCUCGAACAUUUGCUUCGUUCCCUUGAGAGAAAAAAAUACCAUAAACAGCAGACAAAAAUCAAGACUAUAUAUAUAUUUCCUUUUUUCUUUUUUUUUUUUCUCCCUCUUUUCGGAUUCCCUUUACAGCUGUUAAAUUGAAAGAGUACCAAGGUUUAAGAGACCAGGUGUAGAUUAAGCAUCCGCUGUCAUUUCAGUUGUGUUUCUCUCUCAGACCCUGCGACACCAUGGUUCGAGAUGAAAGCAUCUAUUUAUUCUUCUGAUCAAGCAAACGAUCAAUGCUGUUAUUUUUCUCCAUGCAGCAAAUGCAUACUGCACCGUUGUACAGAUUACAACUGUAUAGAGAAAAGAGAUUUGUAUUAUAUGUGAGAAAUAUUUCUUCUACUGCUCAGAACAGAAAUAAGUUGUCGCUUUGAUCAAUAUUUCUCAGGACUUGGACAGAAAUAACGGGACUGUACACAUGAUUGAGGAUGAAGGGAUUUGCCAUUUGCAGGAGGAUAAGAGCAGGUAUACACGAUGUUGAUCUGAUUGUUCCACUUUUUUUUUUUUUUUUUUAUACCCAUUGAUUCAGUGGAGCGGUACACAUAUCCUUUUUACGAAACUCUGAAGAAAUGUUAUUCUCAUGUUUCCACUAUUCUCUCGUCACCUCAGAUGUCACACGGUGUCAUAAUCCUGGAAGAUUAAUCUGCACAGCUAGUGAAUACGUGUAACGAUCGUGCAUGCUGCAAGUGCUCUAGGAGAGACCUCAGUCCAGCUAGGCUAAACGUGUACAAUAACACGAAAGGUACGUGUUUGGGAUUUGAUUGUCUGUUUACAGUUUACACACAAGGGGACCGCGAUUCGUUCGUUCGAAUUCGAAGCGCAAUCGCAUUUACAGGUGGUCAACCUUUCGCUGAUGAAGACACACGUCAGACCUCUGUGGAUUUAGCCGGUGUCUUUAUGAAAUUACCAGCAGCUACAAGUAGUCAUGUUGAUCUCUCAAUUAACUUUAGCCUCGCGUAGACCGUGGUACAUUUGACAUGCCGAAUGUAAUCAAAUACACUCUUAAUAUUGCAAUUGAAUUCGUAGGAUUACUAAAGAAGUUUAAAGGUUUAAAACAUUCCGAUUAAUUGCCUGAACGCGGUACGUGGCCGUAUUAUUUCCGCAUUAAUCUAUGAAUCUGAUUGUUUAACAAUAUGAUGUAAGCGCUGUUCAAAUAUUUAUAGCUAACACUGAUAUUCAUAGCACAAUUUACUUGAAUUGUAAGGGUGUUUUUUUUUUUUUUUUUUUUAAAUCUAAUUCUUGGUGGAAAAUGUUUGCCCUGCCAUAAUUGGUUUAUUGGUGAUAUACUUUUAACGGCAGGUCGUUUAACAAGAUAAAGACCAUUUUAAAUUCAUGAAGCAAACAUUUUCCAUUUAGUUAACGUCUCUUUUAAAAAAAAAUCUCUUAAGUUUACAGUAGCAUUUCGCAUUAAAAAUAAACAAAACGAUCGAUUUCUGAAACGCGGGUUCGAAGGUGAGGUGAGAUGUCAAGGCCUUCUGUUUCACCAUCUCCGCCAACACAAAACCGGCACGCACGUAAACAGCGUAUCGCGUUUCUGUGGUCAUGCCGUAACACGGAAAACCCGGCUGCAACAAUGGGAGUUUCAAAGACUGAUCGCAAGGACGGUAAUGUUUGACCUCAGGUCACCUCUCACUUUCACAAUGAGAGUUUCACCCAAACAGAGUUGUUUUUGUUUUCUUUUUGGUUAGUCAUUGUGUUUGCUUUCAUCAGUAAGGAUUUUAUAGGUACACAGAGGUUCACAUCUCAACCUGUGGCCCAAUUGUGCUUUUUCUGUCUUUUUAAAUGCAUUAAACAUAAAUUGUGCUACAUGGAGUGACUGGGCUGCAUUUUGUGAGAGCCACUGAUGUGAGAUCUCUGUCUUAAAAGGGUCACGGAGCAGCUCGGAUGCCAUCAGGAAAGCUGCUCCGUGCACAACAUUGUAAACUGUUGUAUACUAUGUACAGUUCCUGGAGCAUUUCUUUUAAAUUUGAAGAUAAAUAUGAGAUUUUGAUA